AUGUGUCUUGUGGAAUUUUUCUAUCAGUUUGAGCGCACAAUCAAUAGGCAACGAAGUAAACAAGCUGAACUAGAUGCUGCUUGCAAUGGCCACCUUCCUGCACUAAAGACACCGUUGAUUGUAGAGCGAGAAACAUCGUCAAUAUACACAUUGGCAAUUUUUUACCAAUUGCAGGGAGAAAUAAUAGGUGCAUGUUUCACCUGCCGAGUGCGAUCAUUUGCAGAUAGUGAACCUACCCGGACAUACGUGAUUGAAGACGAUAAAGGGAAGUCAUACACAGUGGUAGUUGAAAAUGGGAGCAACAACAUCAGUUGCACAUGCCGAAUGUAUAGAAGGAUCGGGCUGCUUUGUAGGCAUGCUUUUGUAGUACUGAAAGAUGAGCGGUUUGAUCAUAUUCCACCACAGCACAUAACUCCACAUUGGACACGGGAUGUUGUUCCAAAAACAAGACGUGAUCCGUAUGCGGGCACGCAAGCGGAAGAUUUACGAAAUGCAGCUAAGAGUAUGGAGGAAACCCAGGUAAUAAAUACUUUCUACAAGUGUUUGGGAAUAGCUAACGGGAGGGUUGAAAAAUUGCAGCAAAUUGCCCAUACACUAGAAGGGGUUGAAACCUCAAUAUCCGGGGACAAAGAUAGUGGGGAGGCGAAUCUUGGAAAACGCGCAACAAUGGAAACAUACAGUGGGAUCCUGGCCCCGGAAACAAUCGUAGUGCACCCACCACAAGUAUCGAAGAACAAAGGUUCUGGCAAGCGAAUAAAAUCGAUGAAGGAGAUUGCGAUCAAGGGAAUGAGAAAGAAAGGGCGUACAUGUGCGACAUGUGGACUGGCAAACGGACACAAUAGCCGAACUUGCCUGAAAAGGUAG